CUGGUCUCCUCUGAAGAACCUCCCACCCACGGAAACCCCACCCUUCCUAUCUCCCGUGAGACCAGAACAGCCAGGACCUUCCCCUAGGCAGACAUCAGCUAGCCUUUGAGCUGGGAAGACAACAAGAAGAAGAAAGUGACACUCUUAGUGGACUUCAGAACCUAGGGACAAGACAGGCUUCGGCCCUGAACCUGGGCUCACUAUGGUCCUCCCAAAGGACUCUCCUCUUUUCUCUGAAUUGGAGCGUAUCCAACAGAGAAUCCAGGAUUACUCUGACAGCUUACCAGACGUUGAGAAUCCAAACGCCCAGGAACUGCAGAGUCUGUCUGACAGAGCUGGGGCAUUGGAGACCAGAGAUGGGGCUGAGGAGAUCGGAGCCCAGGCUGAGUUGAUUCGAGUCCAGGCUGAGUUGACCAGAGAUCUGACUAUGUUGGUUCAAGCCCUGGCUGACAAUAUCCAAGCCCAGGAUGAGAAGUCCAGAGACCAGGCUGACUGGAUCCGAGCCCAGGCUGAGUUGACCCGAGCCCAGGCUGAGUUGACCCGAGUCCAGGCUGAGUUGACCCGAGCCCAGGCUGAGUUGACCCGAGUCCAGGCUGAGGUGACCCGAGCCCAGGCUGAGUGGACCCGAGCCCAGGCUGAGACGACCAGAGCCCUGGCUCUUGGGACCCAAGCCCAGGCUGAGUGGACCGAACCCAAAGGAAAAAAUCAGAAUCAAGCUGAGACCUCACACCCCAGUCCCUGGAAAAGUUUUUGGGACAAAAUCUGUAAUUUCUUUAAGAAGUUGAGCAAAAUAUGUACUGUUCUCUUUGAGGUUAUUUUUUUAGAAAUUCAAAGCUCUGUAACCAUAUCUUUCCACUAUAGUAAAAUUUCUGCUAAAACUUACUCAUCUGAAAUUCACCCAAAUAUGUCUAGGUAACAGUGUAGAGUCUGCUCUUUCCAAUGCCUUAUACAGAAUGUUCUCCUACUGUCUACUGUCUGCUCUGACCCUCAGGCCCUCUGUGUCACAGUUCCCCUGUACGUCUGUCCUGUUGCUCUUGCCCUGUGCCCCUUAAUAAAAGUUGCUUUAGAUGAAGCAA